AUGCCACUCUCCACCAGUCUGGCGCACCGUCAACGGCAUCACCACACUUCUGAUCCAAAUCAGCCAAGGUGGUGGCACAUCAUGAUGGGAUCUCGAUUUCCGCGUAGACCUCGUUUACCUCCUUUGCCUCCAAUGAGACGGGUUCGAGGUGACAGAGAUGAUUAUGACUACCCCGGCCUCGACGACCUCUUCCAAGACUUAACAAUCGACCCCCAAGAUCCUCGAGUCAGAAGAAUGUUGCACCAUCAAUUUGCAGAGGGAUACGGUUUUGAUCACCGGUUCUUUGACCAGAAUCGGAGCAGCGAUGAACAUCGAAACUCUGGCGAGAGGUGCAACCCACCCAGAGCAGGCAUCAACGGUGACCACGGAUUCGAGCGAGGAUUGACAUUGACAAGACCUGGAAGUGCUGCUCUCCCUUUCCGCCGUGCAUUCAAGGAUCUCCACAGGGAAUUGGUUCAAGCUGAGGAGUGGUACAACGCGUGCUUGACGGAAUACGACAACGAUGUUCAGCCAAUCAGGAAUUACAGCUCUGUCGAAGACCUGACCAACAUCUGGGCUGCAAAAGUGAGAGGAGAGAGGGACCGACGAACAAUGGCAGAGGGCGACGACGAGCAAGCUGACAACGGUACCAAGACGUUCAGAGAGGUUUUCGCUGAGACGGAGACGAAGGUUGCAAAUGCCCUUCAAGCGGCUGCGAAUUCAACUUUGAAAAUGCCUGUGGGGCGCCAACUUUCCGAAAGACAACGAGUGAAAUUCGACGCCUGCGAAGGUCUGAAGCAAAGAGCUCAUUUCGAACUACAACAACUCUUAAACUACAUGGAAAGAGCUAAGGAAAGCCGCGAUGCAUGCCGGCACCUAGUGAACCAAUUGCAGCAGUUCAAGGAGACAGUAAAUCCCGAGUCGGAGGUGAAUAGGGAGACGUUCAAAUGUGGAGACGACGACGAGGAGGAGCUCACUGGUAGACCGUCUGAGGAGUGA